AUGCGCGUCCUCCUCGCCGCCCUCGGGCUCGCCCUCGCCGCCAGCUCCGCCCAUGCAGCUCCGAGCGACGUCGGUGGCCUGGCGGGCGCGAUUGACAACGCUGCGCAAGCUGCUUCGCUUCAGUCUGCAGCUUUGCCACCUGCGCAGGGCUCCUACGUCUUUACGAACGUCGCGACGGGCCAGACGCUGUCGUACGCGCGUGACGGCAACCACAUCGUCCCGUCCGACGGUCCGGCAACGCCCGUGCAGGUCCUCAAGUACGGCGAGUCGGUGCCCUGGGUCCGGCUGCAGAUUGGCGACAAGGACAAGUGCCUCUCGGCGCAGUGGGGCGACUCGUUCAACCUCGCAGGCGUCAUGUACUCGUGCGCGGUCGACUCGGGUGGCGAGGUGACCCGCGCCGGCAACACGCUCGAGCCGACCAAGCAGUGGUGGCUCAUGGUGCCCGUCUCGGACUAUACGGGCGACGCCUCGACCUCGACGCACGUCCUCCUCGUCGCGCAGGCUCACUCGGUCGCGACGCGCGAGAAGGCGAAUCGCUCCUUUUCCCGCCGUCGCUCGCUCCACUCGUCGUCGUCGCCCGCCUUCGCACGCGUCAAGCGAGGCGACUCGAACGUCGACGUGACGCCCGUCGCUGAGCCUCGACAGGCGUGGAGCGUCCGCGCCGCCGAGUUUCAGGCGGCCGAGGCGAAGCGCAUCGAGGAGGAGAAGCUCGCGCUCGAGGCCGAGGCGCGCAAGGCGGCUGAGCGCGCGACGGCCGCUCGCAAGUCGAAUGGUGCGUCGUCGACGGCGAGCGGCGCGGCGUCGCACACGGCCGCACUCGCAUCGACGGCGCCGGCACCGAGCGUCAACGAGGUCGUUCCGUCGCCCUCGUCGACCGUCGAGGCUGCGGUCGACCCCGUUUCCCUCGUCAAGGUCGACACAGCUGUCGAUGACGGUGUCGAGGACGUUACGCCGGCCGAGGAGGUCUACGACACGGACAGCAGCGUCAAGCUGAACGUCGGCAAAUCGGCGUCGAGCGGCGCCUACUUUAUCAUCCCUGUCGACCACCUCAUCGACAUGCAAACGCUCGCCCUCACAGGUCACGAGAUUACCUCUUUCCGCGCUCAGUCGACGGCGCUCGACCUGUGGGACCCGGAAGACGAGUACCAGCACUGGCUCGUCGAGAGCGUAUGA